AUGAAGCGCUCUACUCCUCUGGCAACUUUACUUGGGUACACACUACUACAGUUUUUACUUUCAUUUUCAGCCGCCAGUUCAAGCAGUACACCGGAGUAUGACUUUUCUUCACACCCUCGGUUCAUAUGCACUCCUUUGCCAGUGAAUGCAGACCCCUCUUGUUUUCCGAAUGCAGGGGCCAGUUCGGGGUCAAGUGGGCCACAUUUAGGAACAGGGCCGCAAAAUGUGCCCCCUGCUGGUUGGUGGGGGACAAGUGAAGAGGCCAAAGCUACAAUACUCCACUUAAGAGAGAGUUUAGUCCAACAAAAGGAAACGAUAUUGGACCAGCGGGAGACUAUUAGAGAACUGACAGCCAAACUUGCGCUGUGUGAAGGAUUUGGGCAUGCCACUAAUAAUGAUCACCACCACACCCUGAACUCUCAUCGUGCACCAGGUCAUCACACAUACGUUGACAAUGGGCACCAUAGCAACCAGCAGGCGCACCAUGGAAACUACGUACCAGAUUCACCACAACAUCCUACAAGAGGAGUGAAGGACAAACACAUGACUCCAGGGGACAGUUCCUCUCCUGAGCACAGCGAGAGGAUGCUGCAGGCGCUCAAAGAGAGACUGGAAAACCUGCAGAAGAGAAACUCGUCUAUGGGGUACUCCAGUUCUCUGAAGGAGCUGCUGCAGAGGAAGAUCAGCGCUCUGGAGCAACAGGUACACCCCAACACGGCGGCACUGUCCGACCAUCACCACAGCGACCACCAGGACGAUCACCAUGAGGAUCACCACGACGACCGCCACGACGACCACCAUGAAGAUCACCAGGACGAUCACCACAAUGACAACCAUCAUGACGAACACCAUGACGAACAUCACGACGAACACCACGAUGAUCAUCCCAACAAUCACUACGACGAUCACCAUGACAACCACAGCCACGAUGAUGAUGAUGAUGGAGAAGAACACUCAGAUCACCACGACGACCGCAAUCAUGACGAUCACUAUGACAACGAAGCAGACAAUGGCUUCGUAUCUCGUACAGCCUACAGAGGGUCCGGGCCUCGUGCCGGUUUCCAUGUGAAUAAACUGGAAGCUAUGUUGAACCAGCUCCAUCUGACAGGUCCAGGCAGAAUGAGUCCCGAUGAUUUCCUGAUCAGUUUCCCAAUGAGGACAAAUUACAUGUACGGACGCAUGAAGAAGACUCUGCUCCAGGAGAUCUUUGCUUUCACCCUCUGUCUGUGGAUCAAACCGGGGAUGGCUCCAGGUCUGGGCACCCCCUUCUCCUACUCCGCUCCGGGACAGUCCAACGAGAUAGUGCUCAUCGAGUGGGGCAACAACCCACUUGAGCUGCUCAUCGACGAUAAGGCAGUGACGCUGCCCUUAACACUGACUGACGAGAGGUGGCACCAUGUGUGUGUGACGUGGAGCACUCGAGACGGGCACUGGGAGGCCUAUCAGGACGGGGUACAGAGGGGCUCUGGAGUCGACCUCUCACCCUGGCACCCCAUUAAACCUGGAGGCGUCUUCAUCCUGGGGCAGGAGCAGGACACUCUCGGGGGCCGCUUCGAUGCCACUCAGGCUUUCAUGGGGGAGAUGUCUGAGGUGCAUUUGUGGUCCCACGUCCUGAGCUCCAGUGACAUACACAGCCUCUCCACCUGCGGCAGCGCUCUCCAUGGAGACAUUUUGGCCUGGACAGAGGCAGAGGUGGAGCUGCACGGAGGCGUAACACGGCACCCCUACGACCCCUGCCAUUAAACAUACGCCUCCCACAAAAAAGGACAAAACACAUGAUAAAAUAAUGGCAAACCUAGUCUGUACUCAACAGUAAAGCAGGUGCAGCUGAAAAUAUAAAAUUGCUUUAAAUUCCCCGAGCACAACAUACCUUGAAAUGUAAAAUGUAAACAAUUGCCUUCUAUUCAGGGUUAGAGCACUAAGCACAAACUAACUGGACAAUUAAAUGACAUAGAUAAUCAGCCACUAUAGACAAGUCGCCUAUAUAUAUGAACUUGAAAGCCAAGAGAAUGUAAAUGUAUGAUUUUUGGCUUUCAAAAAACACAAAUACCACAGACAUCAAGUAAUUCAUUCCUUUAUAAAAACUGUA